GAGGGCGCCGCGAAGGAGACAGGCCUGCCUCACGGCUACCACAGCGGCAUGCGCAUCCUCCUCGUCGGCGAGGGUAACCUCUCGUUCGCGCUCGCGCUCACCACGCUCUUCGACGGCGACGGAUCCAACCUCCUCGUCACGUCGUUCGACCGCCAACGCAUCGCGCGCGCCGCGUACCCGUACUGCGAGGACGUCGAGGAGUCCCUCACCGAAUCGGGCGCGGCGGUGGUGUUCGACGUGGACGUGGAGGAACCCGACGCGCUCCGCGGGGGGUUCGAUCGCAUCGUGUUCAACUUCCCCGACGCCGGCGCCAACCAGGACAUGCUCGGCGCCUUCUUCGACUCGGCGAAGGGUUUGCUGAGACGCAACGGCGAGGUGCACGUGGCGACGCAACGGGGUCAAGGGAUCGAAGUCGCGUCGGCGUGGAACGUGACGGGCGUGGCGGCGCGGCACGGGCUGGUGUACAGGGCGUCGCUGGACUUCGAGCCCGGGGCGUUCCCCGGGUACGAGCACUACAGG